UGCGCCUCCCUCCAGCGCCGCUCGGUUUCGGCCGUUUUUAAAAAGGCAGGGCGGCCCGCACUCACUCAGUGUGCUCGCCAAAACUUGUGCAGACGCGGGGAAGAGAUCAGGAGCGCAGCCGCAGAAGGAAAAACGGCUGCGGGUUCUGGAGUGCCGGAGAGGCUUGCGCACACGCUGGACCUUACUGGUGCUAUCAUUAAAAACGGGGAAUGAUCAGAAUAGAUAGUCUGUUCUAAGGUUGCGCAGACAGAUCUGCGGAUGCAUUUAAAUCGCAACAUUUAUUGACCUUUCUUUGUGACUUUGGAUGCGGACUUUUUUCUUACAAAGUUUCUAAUUUUAUUCUAAAAUCAGAUGACCUGAAGAAAGGUGCGUCGGAGAGUGUAAAUCACGCAUUGUUCGGAGGUUCUGAUCAUUUUGGAAGAAUAACAAUACAUAAUCCUUUGCGAAAUGUUCCUCAACUUCUUAUUCGUGAUGGUGCCGUUUCUGUCGGCUGUUUCCCGAUGCUCGGGCUCAUAUGUGCCGUGUGAGCCGUGCGACCAGAAGGCGCUGUCCAUGUGCCCCCCCGAGCCCAAAGGCUGUCAGCUGGUGAAGGAGCCCGGCUGCGGCUGCUGCCUCACCUGCGCGCUCGCCGAGAAUCAGCCGUGCGGCGUCUACACCAGCACGUGCGCGCACGGACUCCGCUGCUUGCCGCGCGACGGAGAGGAGAAGCCACUACACGCACUGCUGCACGGCAGAGGGCUGUGCACCAACGAGAAGGGCUACAAGGCGUUGCAUCCUCCUGUGGAUCGUGAGUCUAAAGAGCAUGAUGAGACAAUAAAGACUGACACAACAGAGGAGCAGCUGCCCCAAGCCAAAGUGCCCAUUUACCCUAAGCAAGAUCUAAUCAACAGCAAAAAGCAGGCUGCCAUGCGCAAGGAUAAGAAGAAGCAGCAGGAGAAGCUGAGGUCCAUGGGUUCGCUGGACUACUCACCACUUCCAGUUGACAAGCAUGAAACUGAAUUUGGUCCAUGUAGAAGAAAACUGGAUGGGAUCAUAAAGGGGCUGAAAGACACCUCCCGCAUUGUGGCUCUCUCUCUUUAUCUGCCCAAUUGUGAUAGGAAGGGUUUCUUCAAACGCAAGCAGUGUAAGCCCUCACGUGGUCGGAAACGGGGAAUAUGCUGGUGCGUGGACAAAUAUGGAGUGCAGCUGCCAGGGACUGACUACAGUGGAGGGAACAUCCAGUGCAAAGACAUGGAGCCUGGCAACAACAAUGAGUGAGGAGGGAUGCGCCAUGAUCACCUGAGCUGAGGCUCGCCACCUUCUUUCCUUCCCACCUGUCCACCCGCCAGUCACUCUAAGAUUUUGAUCCGGAAAGACGAAGCAAACACAAACAAAUUUGAACAAAAACAAAUGAUAAACUUUUUUGACUGAGUGCUCAUCUCUAACUUGGUGUACCCAGUUAAAUGGAGGGCCUCUGCUGUGUUAAGAGCUGGGUUCCAGCAAAAGAUUUUUAAAAAAUAUAUACAUUCAAUUAUAUAUUUUUAUAGAGGCUGGGGUUUGAGCACCAUACUUUUUAACAUACAGCAAAAAAAAGAGCAUAUGGUAUGAUAAUUGUUACCAGCGCUAUCUUGGUCUUUUACAUCUUUGAAGUUGAGGUGUCUGAGGAGAUAGCUCAAACUCUUAUUAUUGGAAGAACUAAAAAAUUUUGUUUGAUUGUUUUCCAAAAAAAAAAAAAGAAAAGAAAAAAAAAACAAGUCAUAGAGAUGUGCUGAUGCACCUCUCUCUAUAUGGCUAUUUGGUCCUGUCAGAGCACUUAUUGGGAAAACCUUGGAAAUGUGUAACUUCACCAGGUUCAGUGUAUGUGUGUGAAUAUGUAUGUCUUUGCAUGUAUGAAUGUACGUGCAGUUGCAUGAAAGAGAAACAUGGUGGACAACUUUUUUUUUUUUUAUAAAAGAAUGUCCCGUUAUUGUUUGUUUUCAACCACAUGAGUGUGUGGUGAAACCCCCAUGCCCCCCUGAGAGCAUUUAUAGAGCAGGCUCAUUGCUAGCUGUUAGCAUUCUCUCACUGGCCCACUGUUUGGGAGAACGAUGGUGUAAGAAUCAAAACCAUGUUUGACAUACCUGUCUCAGUGACUCUGUGACUGUGUAGCUUGCCUAAAAUGCCAACUGUGCCUAUGUAACCUGAUGCUGGCAUGCAGACUGAUCCAGGUGAAUGGAUAGCUGAUUUGCUGGCUAUGGCCUGAGGUCCCAUUAUGUCCAAUAUCUUCACAGAUUCCUUGUUAGAAGAGCGGAAAGAAACGUCCACACCCAAAAUUAUCUGGCACCCAUUUUGUACCAGUAUCCCAAGUGGGACACUUGGUGUUAUGGUCUGAGACAGGCCUCAGUGGCCUGACGCUAACUUUCCCAAAAUUUGGGCUUGAAGUAACUUGACUUUGAUUGACAUUCACCUUUGAGAGUGGUAGCUUCUUUCUCAGCCUGUGACAAGUUUUUGGAAUAGUCUUUUACUUUUUUGCCUUCAGUGAAGUAUCAAUUUAUCCACUUAUGAGCCAUUUCCUAGACCAAGUGCUUUCACUGAAAUGAGUGACACCUUGGCGUAGUAUAUCACCGUUAACUGUAGAUUGAUGAAUGUUUUCUGAGGAACCUUUAUCAGGAAUUGCUGCUUGGAAAACGAGUUGUGCAUUUUAGCAUGUUUUCAUUGUUACAACCUUUGUCGUAGUCUGUUUUCAUUGUUACAGCCUCCCAGUCAUUUUGGGACCUUGGUCAUGUGAAUGAAGGUCUUCCCCAGUCCACCCAAACAUCCCACCCCCAACUUUUUCUUUUCCAAGCCACACAAUUACUGUCUUGAAAUUCUAUCUUCAGCAUGGCAUAACUGCACCUUUUGCUUUUUAAAGGGUGUCAUUUGAAAAAGAAGGCACAUUUAACUACCAUUGUCAUUCAGUGCAUUGAGAGUUUUAUGUAAGGUUGUGUGUGUGUGUGUGUGUGUUUUAGUGCCUUUCUACAUACAAAUACAUUUGAAUAGUGACGUGAACGUUACACAGUAGCCAAGGGGAUAAAAUUGGUUAACCAUUAUGUACUGAUGAGGGUCCUCAGUCGCUUUCAGAUUUAUACGUCAAAGAUAUUUCUGUCAUGCCAUGGCUAUUUUUAAAACACCUUGUAAAAAUCACUAGCUGUGAAAGGGAAGCUAGUGGCUACACCUAUGUCUCUCAUUGAUUGUUUGUUUGUUUUUUUAUCUCAGUGAAUAAGCUGAAUUUUGAGACUGCAAGUGUAUGUAAAUGCUUGAGAUAGUAGUUCAAAUCAUUUUCAGUCAAGCUACAUAUGAACAGGGAUACACAGAGGCCUUCAUGGCCAGCACAGGCUGGUGAUUCUUUAGCAGAAAAACCAGCAAGAAAAGCCAUUCCCUGCCACAGUGGUUCCGCUCAGAUCUUAUUACAGAGCUCAUGUGAUCAUAGUUUCAUGGCUGGGAGGGGGCCAGUAAUGCUCAACACAAUGAGAUAGAUGAGACGCUACUCCACUAAGCUUGCCUCUAGUGCUGCUUCUCUCUGCUAUUGAUAGCUACACCAUUAUAAAAAAAUAAAAAAUAAAAAAAAUAAAAAAUAAAAAGACAAAGAACCACAGGUCGACAGAAAGUCCCAAUGGCGUGUCUAAAUGGAAAAAUGAGUGAUGAGAUUCUCUCAAAGUGUAGAGAGAGAAAAGAGAGAGAGUUUGUCAGAGUGAAGGUUAUAAACUGACCUUCGCAGGUGUUUUAAAUGAGUUAUUGAGGAGGUAUUGUUCACUAUUAUUGCACGAAUGGCCUCUGAGGUAGAGGCCAGAGCAUUUGCCAGCAUUAUACAGGUCCUGAUUUGUGCUCAGAGCCCCCUCCCGCUUUUUUCUUUUCUUUCUUUCUUUUUUUUUUUUUUUUAAAAGCAGCUUGCACUUAUGUAUUUACAAUAUUUCUUUUCGCCAUAUGACAGCUUCCUCCUUGCAGUGUGGGCUCCAAAGCACAUCUCAGAUCAGGUGCAGGAGAAGCAGGAACAGGCCUCAGACACAAAUCCUGCCUGAGGACUUUUGACAGAGGCUUUAGUGGCCCAAGCCUGACAACCACCUCUUCGUCUGGUGGGGGAAGAAAAUAACAUCAAAAUAUACAGCUAUUGAUCUCAGUCCAAUCUCUAUUCAUCUACUCUUACAGCUACCAGAACAUGUGCCUCAGUGGCAUCCAGGGAGAGGGAGAGAAGGUGAGAGCCCCAGGCCAUGAUUACGCUCUGGGCCUCACUACCCCGUCAAGUGGGGCAGAACAAGAACAGCACACAUCACAGUAGAUACCGUUAGCAGGCUAGGAUAUGGGGGUCUCGGAAUCUGCGAGGCAGGUACAAGCAGCCAGUGGUAAAUCAGUGACUUUCUCUUCUGGUCUUGAAACUGACAUCAAAGGCUGUAGGAAAUGUUUGCUCAUAGCUUAGAUGUGGUUCAUGAUUGAAUCAUGUUCAUGGAAGUGAUACAGCCAAGUUCCUGUUGGUUUGUUUUAGUGUUUUAGUACCAAAUUCUAAGUGGUGAAUUGCAAAAAUGGUGUUCUCGCAUCAACCAAAGACAAAUUUGUCAUUUCAUCCUGAAUUACCAUGUUAGACUGGAUCUCAUCAUUGAGAGAAAACACUUCUCUCAUUUACUGAGAUUCUUUAAAAUUAUGUAAAGGGUUUAGAAUGAAGAACAGUCACAUCAAGCCAAUAUAAACCAUUGUGGUGUUGCUUGGUGCCUUCACCAGAUUCCGAAUCUUCAAAAUGGUUAGAUAAAUACAAUAUUCACAUUCUUGAUACAGUAGUAUUACAGUUUUCUUUCUGAAUCACUAACAAUUUCUUCUUGUUGUUGUUUUCCUUUUCUUUUUAUGUGGAUGAGAAAAGACUUGAUGAUUGAUCACAUUGACAUGUGGCCUAACAUGGUGUUUUGAAAAGAAAAAAACAAAAAACACCCAUUUGUGGCAGGAGGACCGUGAAAAUGUUCAACAUUUGGAACUCUUAAUAAAACAGAUAAAAAGAAAAAAAAAACUCAAAUUAUUAAGAAAGUAAAUAUCACUGUAAUAUUUAUUCAACUUGUAAUUUAUGUACUCUUUUAACCUUUGUCUUUUUUGUUAUGACAAAGCAUUUAUUUAAAUAAAGUUAUGUAUUCAUUUAAA